GGCAGCUCUGGACCUCCUCCUGCCCUCCUCCCAGCUGUGAGGUGCUCCUUGUUGGCCCAGCCCAGCAGCACAGGCUUUAGGGAAGAUUCCCAGCCCUGCCUGCAUCCUGGGAAAGAGCUGCCCUGCUGCUGGCCCCCCACACCAGGGACAGAAGGCGCAAGGCUCUCCUCAGGCCUCAGGAAUGUCUUCUGAGCCCACCUCAUCCUCCUCGCAGCAGUCCCCCGGCUCUCCCCCGUCGCUGCACCUGCCCGAGAGCCGGCGGCCGCGGGAGCGCUCCCCGUCGCCGCUGCGGGGGUACCUGAUCCCCAGCCCGCUGCCCACCCGCCGCACCAGGACCUUCUCGGCCACGGUGAGAGCCUCGGAGGGGCCCAUCUACAAGGGGGUCUGCAAGUGCUUCUGCCGCUCCAAAGGCCACGGCUUCAUCACCCCUGCGGACGGAGGGCCCGACAUCUUCGUGCACAUCUCAGAGUUUCUUGAGGCAAGUGUCGAGGUGUUAAAUGAACUUCAAGAAGCCCAGGAGGUAGCAGAGCCCAUGGAAGUGCUCUGUGGUGCCAUCCAUGGCAGGCUUGGUGACCAGCAAGGCUCGGAAGUCACCGAAAACUCUUGUACCAAAAUGUUUCCACGUGACUUUGGCUUUUUCCCAAGAGGUUUAACUAAAGCUCUGGAAUAUGAAUAGCAGCUGUGAGAAGGAAGAACUAGAACAUUCCUUAUUUAGGUAAUUUCCUAAUAACCUCCCUGUUCCCUAAAAAUAGUGCAGGAUAAAAUGCUCCACCAGAGCAGACUGGCACUGAGCUGGGAAAUGGGAGGUGCUGGAUAAUCUAAAACUCACUCUAUUGUGUCUCUCUCUGACUCUAACAUCAGGGAAGCAUUUCCUAUUUUUAGCUUGAAGUUGUUGAAGUGUCUUAAGAUUCCUGGCUAUGUAGAUAUUCAUUAUUUUGAAUUGAAAGUGCACUCCAAUACCUCAAACAGCAGUGGAAACUUCCACAUUCCUCUAGAUCAACAUUUAAUAUAUAUGGAGGGUGAAAGUAAAAAACACAGAUCUAAAAUUAUUUAAUCAAUAUGUAACAUCAAAAAGGUCCAUGUUUAUCUUCCUUUACCAAAUUUUUCAGGUAACUUACAUUGUUAACAGAAUGCCUGUUGCAGGCUGAGUCUGUUCCAAGAGCUCUGUUUACUCUUUCUGAUCUUUUCCAGUUCAUUUCCUGCCCAGUGCUUGAGGCUUGCUCCCUGCUGGAGGAUCUUCCCCCAGCUCUGUGUAGGGCUCUGCCUCCACUGCCACCAUGUCACCCCCUCUCGAGUGCCAUCACAUUGUCCUUUCUGCAUGCCUCCACAAGCGCUGCACAAUCCGGAUGUUUGUUUCUCCUUCCAAGCAGCACAGGUAGUGGUAGCAGGGCUGGAGUGGGUUUGUGUGUGUCCCAGAAGCAGCUUUUGGUAGCAAACAGUGCCCAGGGGACCCUGCUCACUCUCAGCUCUGUUCAGGCUGUGCACCUUUGUCCUCUUGCUGUUCGUGUGCACCGGGGGCAAUGAGCUAAUGAGCUCAUAUUUGUUAGGCACCAAAAAUAACUGGGGAUCACAAACCUGCAGAAGGCAAAAGAAUAUCUGAUCUGUGGGAGGAAAGUUUAAAGGCCAAAAGCAGAGAAUGAAAUUGGAGAUGUUUGUGUGGCCACCACAAUCUUUGCACACAGCUGUGCAAAGGACAGGCCUGGCCUUGGUGGGGUAGGGUCACCUCAACAAGUGAGGAAAGACAGCAAAGUAGGGAUCAGAUGAAGGUGUCCUGGGGUUGAAUGAGGUUUCAUCACAAGCUCCAGUCACCUGUAGUGUCAGCUUGGAUGAGCAGUGAAACCAAGAAAGGAUCUGAUGCUGUCAGCAUAAUGCUCAGCCCUGCAAGAAAUGCUCUCUAGCAGAGAAAAGUGCACCUGUCUGGUCUGGGUAAUGCUUAGGGCUCUGCAGAUUCUUCUGGGCUUAAUCUGAUUCCUUCACUAGAAGGAACACGAGCACUUAACCUCAUGAUUCAGCAUAAGGAAUGUGGGUCAGCAAAUAUUUUGUUGUUAUUUUUUUUUUCUUUUCCUUUGGCAGACCAGGGUCUAACACAGGCAGAGCCCCAAACAGUCACCUGCCCAGGCCUGAGGCACGUGGUGGCUUUCAGUGACAGCUGAGUGUGUCCUGCAGUCUGGGCCUUUGCUUCUCUUCUCCCUGGCUGCAGCAUGGGUGUGUUAGCCAUGUUCUGUGUGUGUGUACUGAUUCACUUGCUCUUAUUUCUUGAAAAAGCAGAAUCACUUUGUUACCAGUGUACCUGCAACACAUCUUACCAGAACCUGUCCAGGCACGUAUUCAUAUUUCCAUUUAAAUAAAACAUACCCUAACAAAACACCCAUCCUUUUUAAUGUUCAAGCUGUACUUCUUCCUCACUUAAUUUUGAAUAUUCAAGUGAUACCUUAUUUACCUCCAUUUUUCAGGACCUUAAGGCUUUUUUGUAUUGGUGCUUUAGGAGACUGUGAAUCCACUUUCCUUUUGCAUUAACCAUAUUUACCUACUUUUGCAGAUUUCAAACGUUUAUUUUACUAACCAUGGCUUAUCCUGUUUUACAGGAGGUUUUAAAAAGCAUGUAAGGUUCCUGUUUGUUAAAAAAAAAAAAAAAAAAAAAAAAAAGAUGUUUCAGCCAAACCUGAGAUCCCUUCCUGGGCAGGGCAUCCGUUUGGGUGGGUGGCUGUGCAGUGGUGACGAGUUCCUGCUCCCUGCAGGGCCAGGGGCUCUGCAGUGGGUGGCUGGAGCACCAAGGGGAGAUGCUGCUUCACUUUUAGUGGUUUUAGCUCUAUAGCAAGAUUUUUUUUUUUUUUUUUUUUUUUUUUUGCAACAAAGGAUCAAGGAUCCUUUGAUCCUUCUUGAGAUUCAAUAGGUUUAAGUAGGAAAGGUGAUGUCAAUUUUUUUUUAUAUACCAUUUUUAUUUUCACUUCUGGUUUGACUCUUUCAACCCUUUCCUGUGUCUCUUGUUGGGGCUUUUAUGUCCCCUCAUCAGGUUCCACUACAGCCUCACUACAAAACUGCUGUUUCAAGGUCAGGGUGAACUUCUGGGUCUUUGGUGGCAAAUUCCUUUGGCACUAGAAAAGGUAAAUCAGUUUCUGCUCCUGGAAGGACAGUAGGGGUUGGGUGUGCAAUCCCUUCAUACCUGAAAGGAUCUUAAACAUGUUGGAAAUGGGGCAU